CUUUGAUAUAGUGUGACGUUUGAAAGAAAAUAAAACUUUUAAAAUUCGUGAUGUAGAAUUAUUUCAUUAAGUUUAGGUGGUCUAUAAUAUUUAAAAAUAUUUUUGUUUUUUAAAUUGAAUAUCAAUAAAAUAAAUAAAUUAAAAUGUAAGAGAAUAUAAUGAUUCUCACGGAGCGAGCAAGGAGCGUGAGAGGUAACUGUUCUAGCAGUUGACACGCGUCCAGUAAUUGAAACCUCCCACCAAAAAGUAUUCACCACUUUGGUCCUCACAACUUAGAAGGUACAUAACGUGGCACCUUUUUUGUCUCAGUGCAAUAUACGUGUCCACCUUCUUAUUGGAUUAUCCCUUCACACCAAUCAGGACACCCAAUUUCCCUGGAUACGCUACUUUAUCACAGGACCCACCUAAUCACUCUGCACCAAUCAUAUCUCUUCACUAUUCUACAUUUGCCCUAGACACGUGCCCUUCCUUCACCCCUAGCACUGUGCUGUAACUAUGAUAAUCUGCUCGGCAACCGGUCAAAUUUCAUUUUCUCAGUCUAAAAUCACCUCCUGGAGAAACCUCCUCAGCUUUGAUGGACGGGGGAAAUGGUUUUCCAGAAGCUAAGUACGCCGGUGGAAAAAACGAUACCACGAUAAUGAACCGGAUAAUGCUAAGAUUCCGUCCGAUCGCGCCGAAACCUGUCGCCGGAGGUUCAUCUGAUGGAUCUACGCCGGAAAAUAACAACAUGGAACUUGUUACCAAAAGAAGAGCGAAGAGAAAGUACGUUAGAGUUAAGAAAAGUAGCAAGUGCAAGUCUAACAAAGAAGACGAAGCAAAUAAAGACGGAUCUUCAUUGUAUGAGGAUAACGGAGCUGGUAUAACUCUCCAGCUGAUGCCGCAAAGCAGUAGCGGCGUCAGAAAUAGUCUAGAAAAUUCUGGAUCUCGACCUUUCUGGAUGAAUUUUCAGAAAUCGGAGAACAGUGAGAUUUUUCCCGUAGGAUCAGAUCAGAUAGAUCGGACGGUUGAGAUGCAGAAGAAAAGAGUGGUGGAGUCAUGGGUGAUGGUAGACCAGAUAACAAACGCGUUGGUAGACGGAGAAGCGUUAGGUAGUACGGAUACAGAGAAGAUGAAGAAUCUGGAGGCUGACACGUGUCCAGGGUUGAUAUCAGACGGUUUAGAUAGAGUUCGGUGGGUGAAUCUGGCGUAUCGGAGAAUGGUUGAUCCUCUAGAAGGUUCCGGAAAUUCGCCGGAGCUGGUGACGUGGCUGGUAGUGAAGGAGAAAAUUUUGUUGCCUAACUCAUCAGCUUUUGCAUGCACUGUGAGAAUACUGUACACUAAGAACUCACAGACAAUGCCAUGUGAUGUAUGGAAGAUGGAAUUUGGAGGAUUUGCAUGGAGACUUGAUGCUAAAGCUGCUCUUAGAUUGGGUCGUUAAUGAAGAAGCAACUAUCAGGUAAAUAAAUUACCUAAAUACUUUAUUAUAUAAUGCUAAAUAAUUAUUAUUGGUGAUUGUGCUUCUUUUGUGCAUAAAAUCUUGCGCAAAAGGGGGGAUUUGCAAGCACUUCUUGUGUAAUCUCUACUUAUAAAUUGUAAAAAGAGUUUGUUGAGAUCGUGAAAAUUCUGAAACCUAAUGACUUGAUUUUGCUUGAUUAUGUUCUAUUCGUGUAAAUUAUCCUUCAUCUUCUUA